AUGAGUUCGCGCCUGCAGAUCCCCGCGAAUGAUUCUGUCCUCCUCCGCGUCACACACUCUAACCUGAAGUCCUUCUCCGCCGACGUCCGUUUCUACCGCGAUGUAACACUCUUCUCCUUGAUUCCCGCUUCAUUUUCCCACCCACGGAGGUACCUGGACGGACGAUUUCCAGAGCUUGAUCUGUUUGCGGGUCUGUGUUGUUUUGCAUUCCUCUGAAAACGGGCUCUGCAGUCGACCGUGGCGACUGUGAAAGACAAGCUAUGGAAGAAAUGCGGCACCUCCGUCGACUCAAUGCGCCUUGAGCUCUAUGAUAUUUCGGGGGCCAAGGUCUCGGACCUCAGUGACGACUCCAGACCCCUUGGCUUCUUCUCUCCGCAGGACGGGUGUGUUGAGCUGCCUCUAUUUUUUUCUGUUCUUCAUUUGAUCUGAUCACACCCUGGUUUCAUCUUUUGUCCCUUUCAAUCCAAUUGAAGCUACCGGAUUCAUGUCGUCGACCUGGAUCCAUCGUCGGUGACCUCAGGUGGAUGGUUAGAGGACACGUCCCUGGUGGAGAAGUACACCAUCUCUGAGGAAGCAUAUAACAAACUUGAUGGCAAGUCCUUUUAGGGCCCUUUGUCUCUCGCACGCUAGAAUACUUCCUGUGGUUCAUUCUUAUCCCGGACCUGGUUGUUUGUGGACAUUUGAAAAGGAGAUGAAUCUUUGCAUCAUUCAACUGCUCUUUCUUGAGAGCUCAUCUUCGGUUAUCUGGGUAGUUUUUUUCACUAUUCUUGAUGAAUAUUGUGAGCCAUUUUCAGGGAUAUAGUCCUGGUUUUAUCUUCUUGCCUCAAUACGCAUUGUUCCUAUUACUUAAGCACUUAGAAAGCUUUUUAGAAAUUUCUGUUUCCUGUUAGUAUUUUUUGCUUUCCUUUUUUUUUUUUGUAGGUAUUAGAAAAGAAUAGCAAGUUCUUUCCUUGUGGUAUUAGAGUCGUGGUGGUAACCUAAACUCUGAUAUUUCUUACCCUCAUUCUUUGGAUUAUCCACUGUCUCCUUAAGCCUUCAUUGCGUAUUUCUGUUCUUCUAACAAAUAACAUUUUUUUACCAAUGGAUAACUUCCUUUUUUCCAUAAAUAAUGAAUAGUCCAUCAAUCCUCGUAUCUUGACACCCCAAGAACAUGGGGUUGCUGAACAUAAAAACAGAUACCUCUUUGAUAAAUGGACUUAAGUACUUUUAGGACAAAGUCACGGAAGCAGUAAUUUUUCAGUCUAUUUGACCAAGAAUCCUUUGAGGAUAAAUACUUUUAACUACUGCCUAUUUGAUAAAUAGACUUCCUUCUUACGUCAUUGGCAAUCCCCUAGGUAUGUUAUCUGAAAGCGUUAAUAUACGCUGUUUGUCCUCGAAAAUAUUUCUUUGUGCAGCAUGUGCUCUUGUUCACAAAGAACAUUGCUCAGAGUUAGAUCCUCGGGCUAUACAGUGUCUUCAUUCAUUGCUCCAACUCUCAUGAAGGGGCAUAUGCUAUCAUCCUCCUAGUUGCAGAUUCUUUGUCACCAUGGGUGUCACAUUUUCUGAAAAUAAUCCAAUUCUACUCGACCCAAUUCCCUCAUCUUCUAGGGCAAAUGAGAACAUCGAUUUUUGUUCCCUGAUGACUUCCCACAAAUCAAAUACAUGGACAAUAAUCUGCUUUUACGUCUGAGUCUACACUUGCACUUGUGUCCACUAAUAUCAGAGAAGUUACACCUGAACCUAUUAAUACCAAAGAUGCCCAAAGGGAAUGGAGGAUAUCUAUUUACCAGCAUGGGGGAACUGACAAAUACCGUGAGAUAUUCUCAAAGAUAUAUUUCUAAAUAUAUCUUCUUUUCUUAUGCAUUCUUCCUAUCACCUAGGGUUAUUAAAGUUUUUUUUUCUUUUUUUUUUCGGUCACUCCUUUUUUCCUUUCUGUUUUUUUUGUAGAUUUUCUUGGCGGGUGCAUAAUUUUAAGCCUUCCAAAGAUAGUAGGAGAGAAACUCUCCCAACCUAUAUGUACUGUAAACUGACGUUCAAUUCAACAGGGAAGAAAGAACAGGCUCUUUCUUCAAUUCUUUCCGUAAUGAUAAAGUAGCAAUCUCUAAUCCUGUAAUCUAGGUUUGAAUUGAUGCGGGAUGGGAAUCUCUAAUUUUCUUUUUGCCUUUGAUAGCAUCAUUAUCGUUUCAUCCUGCUACUUCUACUUCUCUUGGUUUCGAGAGCUAUUCAUCUUUUUUCUGUCAUCAUUAAUAACGAUUGCAUUGUUUUUCAACGUGGAGCAAUUUACUUUUGAUAUUCAUUGUUCAUUUGCGCUACCAGAAUUAUGAUUUGAAGGACUUGUCUUCAUCUUGCGAUCUUCAUUGCCAAUAACGAUUCAUAAAGUACUCUGCUUCGAUGGUAAUAUGGAGUUAGAUAUUGUUCGAAACACUGCAAAAUGCCCUUUGAUCAUUUGGCUUCUGUGCAAAGUGAUAAUAUUCUAUGAGGCAAAAAGUAUUUUAUUGGAAAAAAGGUCAUUAACUAACCAUUCCUCAUAUUGUUACAUUAUUGAAUUUUAGCGAUAGUUUUUCUGUCCUUCAAUCGCAUUACAAGAAGAUGAUCAAUAAUAUUCCAUCGCAUUGCAGGUAACUUCAGAAAAUUUAGAGAGAAGCUUGGCUCUGGGAACACAACUUCUUCCAACAGAGUGAGAUUCUCAACCUCUUGCACCGAGAGUGAUUACCACCACCUAGAGUGAGAAUUUUUCUGACCAAGGUUUUCUCCCUUUGCUUUUCAGCUGCUCGAUAACUACAUGGAGGAGCUCUGUUCCGAUAUCAAGGUCGGUGAUAAGUCCCCUCUGACGACUGUUUAGUGAAGAUGAUUAUUGACUAGAAAAAGAUUUUCAGGCUGAUUUAGUCUUUGACUCGAAAGGAGAACGGGUUCUCAAGAUCACUGAAGCCGUUGACUCCUGACUGAAGAUUUCUAAACUAAUUUGCGUUUUCUGGGUUAUUACCAUGCUUCAGCAUAAUUUAGAGGAAAAGGCACAGCUUUUAGUUAUGCUUGGUUAUUGAUUGACUUUUCUGUGGAGAUGUUCUUUCCAUGAAAAGAAUGAAAUACCAAUCACGAUAUGGCUCAUUGCGAUAAGAUAUUUCUGGUAUUCAAUUUUUUUUUAUGCCUUUAGAAAAUCAAGAAAGCAUGCUGCUAAAUUCUUACGCAGAUUGGGGAUAGAUGCCAGAUUGAAAGUGGGGAGAAACGUGGAGUCAUCAGGUUUAUUGGUAAAGCUGAGCCGCUGGGUCCUGGUUUCUGGGUUGGAGUUGAACUCGACGAACCAUUGGGGAAGCAUGAUGGCACGUAAGUGGAUGUUUUCCUAGCCGUAGACCUUUUUACGCUUUUUUUCCUCUUUUUUUCUCUCUUGAAGGGAAAUUGUCUCGUCUCUUUUAGCAGUUCAGCAGAUCUCUUACCUCAUCUCAUCUCCGUAGUAUUCAUUGGAUGGAGAGUGAAUAAUUUUAACAGUAUGAGUAAUUUAUGCUAAUUUCUUGAACGUCACUUAUUUUAUAAUAAAAUUCGUGGACUAAUAUCUAAAAAUAGAACGAAUAUAUAUAUAUAUAUAUGUAAUAUUCCAGAUGAACUAUCCUUUUAUCUCCAUCUGAUCGAGAUCUCAUGGGUAUCCUGCCCUUCCUUCCUACAAUUCUACUAGCAACUUAGCUGAAUGUUCUUGAGAUAGUGCCAACUGAAUAGAUCUUAGCUGCUUUUAAACUGGUUUUUUAGUGGCAGACGAUCGAUCGAACCUGCUUACGCUCAUUAAUUUGGAAGCAAAUGAUUUCUAUGAGGCAUUCUUUGUGGAACCGCAGCUUUCCAUAUUGGUAGUAGAUUAUGCUAUCUGCCUUCUGACUUCAGUGAGGAACUCGGGAUCGUCAGAAGUCGACCCCAGCCUCUUAAUCUCUCAGAGAAGAGUUCCCUUCUCUCAGAAGCCUCAGUGAUCUUGAGGGCAUUUCAGCUCACUUAUGGCUCUUCCUUUCCCGCAUUGACCUCUGCGGUUGUUCUGGGUUGAAAUGAAUCGAAGCCAUCUUUCCUGGGGAGAUGGGGAGGCACUAGAAACCCACUCGCUCAUUUGGGUUGCUCCAUUGCUGCAGGGUGAAAGGCAAGCGCUACUUCGGAUGCCGGCCACAGCACGGCGUGUUGCUGCGACCCGACAAGGUGAAGGUGCGUACCCUCAUUCUUCCCCCAUCUUCUUGCUUUUCCGACAUAUUUUUUUUUUAAUUUAAACGAAAAUUAAUUAUUGGGUCGAUGUAUUUCCUUGGUUCAAAAUUCUUUUUAUUUUAUUUCUGGGCUUAAGUUCUAGACCAAAACCCUGCAGAUAUCCGACCCAUUUGAACGGUUAUAUUAUUAUUAUUAUGGAAAGCUCAUUUUUUUCGCAGGUCGGAGACUUCCCUGAGAGAGACCCAUUUGAGGAAGACGAAAUCUGA